GCCUCGCCCUGCACCAGUGCCGCGAACAGCCACCUCACCCACCACCUCGCCGGAGAUCACGAGAGGAGCCUCGCCGCUGCCCCCCCCCCCCCCCCCGCCCGCCAUGGGGGACGCCGCCUCCGGCCGCGGCCACGUCGUCUACCCUCCCCGCUCCGCCGAGGACAUCUUCAAGGACUACCGCGCCCGCCGCUCCGCCAUCCUCCGCGCCCUCACCCACGACGUCGAGGACUUCUACGCGCAGUGCGAUCCAGAGAAGGAGAACCUCUGCCUGUACGGGUAUGCAAACGAGGCGUGGGAGGUGGCGCUGCCGGCGGAGGAGGUGCCCACGGAGCUGCCGGAGCCCGCGCUGGGGAUCAACUUCGCGCGCGAAGGCAUGAACCGCCGCGACUGGCUCGCGCUCGUCGCCGUCCACUCCGACUCAUGGCUCCUCUCCGUCGCUUUCUACUACGCUGCUCGACUCAAUCGGAAUGACCGUGGUCCCAGACUGCCAGUGUGGACUUGUGCUAGUUGAAGGCUGAGUUCAAUGUUUAUCUAAUACCAAGUACCAACUUUCCGAAGACGCUUCCACAGGGGAAAAUAUUAUUUCUUGGAAGCUGUGAAUCUGACUAGUUUUCCACUUGUGCAUCAAUAUUUUGUGUGAGCUGCUUGAAACAUUUUAUGAGAUCUUCGGUUAAUUAGUGGUGUGUCCUGGUUCCUGGAUACGUCCUACUCCAUAACAGCUAAAGAUUACCAUUCUACUGUAAGGAAAUACCUGACUUUUUGUUAAUGAAAGGCGUUUCUUCAUGCUUAGAGCCUGAACAUCUUGUUAUGGAUCUAGAGAAUCAGGACUUUUUGUGUCAAUUGUGGCUACCGAAUUGCACCUAUGCUGAUAUUCUCUGUUAUCUUUCCAACACCUCUUUUCCUGCACACCACCCAAUUCGUGUAAGCAAAUCUCCCUCUUAUUCUGAGAAACCUCUUUAAGUCUACAUCUUUUAUAGGAACUUGAUUUUUCUAUUUUUCUAGAUAAUUUAAGGUCAAAACACUGAGUAGCCACCAGUUUCAUUACACCACUUUUGCAUAUUAUUUUUUUCGCAAAGGGAAACAACAAAUAAACGUUAUCGAGAAAAAGAAGUGUUCGAGACAAAUAAAGUUCGAUUUCAUGAAAGCUGUAUUUCAUCAAUUCAAACUAAAAUAGAAUACACUUUUCCAUGAUCAUGCUAAAAUAUGUGCAAUGCUGAUGUGCUAUGGAGAGCCUAGGGUGGAGUUAAUUAUAUCUACUGAAAAGUAUAGCUUAUGUGACUCCAGAGGUUUGUGGAAAAAUAACACAAGGAGCAUAUAUCUGACAUCCAUGACCUGCUAUCGUAUAUAACAUCUGUAUACUUGAUUUUUAUGGAUAUAAAGUUCUCAAGUUAUGUUUCUUAGUGCUGCAAUUUUCGUUUCUAUAUUAAUUUGCAUCAGAAAUGAUGUGUAUUCAUGCACAUGCCCAUGGUAUAUUAGAGUAUGCAAUACGCAGUUCUUUAUUUUGCAUGCAGUACUCAUAUGAAUACUGUAAUCUGUGCAAAUACUGUAAUCUGUGCGUGUAAGCAAUGUAUAUUGCGGGGAAUGAAUGGAUUGAUUGAUAGAGGUGCACAGGGGUGUACAUAUAUAGACGGGAUACCCUAGAUGGUUUAUAGAAACACCACCAUCAGGGGGAUCCCGUCGCCAUCUACCAAAUCAGAGGGGGCAGCGCCCCCAGCCUUUCUAGCUGGGCGCCGGCCACCCAAGGCCCAACGGGCCAGCUACUCAUAACCCUAAUUGCCUUGCUAACACGCCCCCGCAGUCUGAUCGUCGAAGCCCUAAACGUUCAGACUGGACUUGAACUCCUGAAAGAGUGAAGUAGGCAACCCUUUGGUGAAGAUGUCGGCGUACUAUGCAGACGUCGGGACGUGCAUGACACGGACAUCACCAAGAGCAAUGCGCUCCCGCACGAAGUGAAGAUCGAUCUUGAUGUGCUUGGUGCACUGAUGCUGGACUGGGUUAGAGGACAUGUAGACAACGCUGAUAUUAUCACAAUAUACCAGCGAGGCGCGGCGUGAAGGCGCAUGAAGCUCCAACAGAAGUUGGCGCAACCAGGUGGCCUCGGCCACGCCAUUGGCCACGGCAUGAUACUCAGCCUCCGCACUGGAACGGGAGACUGUGUUCUGCCGCUUGGAGGACCAGGAGACCAGGUUGUCGCCGAGGAAGACCGCAUAGCCGGAGGUGGAGCGCCUGGUGUCGGGACAGCCAGCCCAAUCAGCGUUGGAGUACACCGUCAAGUCAAAGCUCCGAGAGGGCUGCAGCAGAAGACCCAUAUGCAGCGUGCCAUGGACAUAGCGCAGAAUGCGCUUGAGGGCAGCAAGAUGCGGCUCCCGGGGAUCAUGCAUAAAGAAACAGACCUGCUGGAUGGCAUAUGCAAGAUCCAGACGAGUGAAGGUCAGCCACUGAAGAGCUCCUGCGAGGCUGCGAUAAUCCGAAGGGUUCUGGAUGGGCGGCCCAUGUGCUAGCAGCUUCGGAUUAAUGUCUACAGGGGUGGCGCACGGCUUGCAUUCAGCCAUGCCUGCGUGCUCCAGAAGGUCCACCAUGUACUGGCGCUGAGAGAGGAACAGGCCAGUGCCACGGCGCUGCACAUGCAUCCCCAGGAAGUGAUGGAGCUCACCGAGGUCAUUCAUAGCGAACUCAGACUGCAGCGAAGUGAUGGUACGCUGAAGGAGUCCGACAGAAGAGGCCGUGAGCACAAUGUCGUCGACGUAGAGCAGCAGGUAGAUCAUAUCAUCGCCGCGAUGGAAGAUGAACAGGGAUGUGUCCGACUUGGCCUCCGUGGAUCCCAGGGACGGUGCGCUGAAGGAGUCCGACAGAAGAGGCCGUAUGCAGCAAAUCGACUGUACCAGGCAUGGGGCGCCUGCUGAAGUCCAUAGAGAGACUUGUUCAGGCGGCAUACGUGGUCAGGAAGAGCUGUAUCCUCGAAGCCAGCAGGCUGAGCAUAGUAAACUGUCUUAGAGAGAGUCCUGUGCAGGAAGGCGUUCUUCACGUCCAGUUCAUGAACAGGCCAGCCGCGAGAGAGUGCCAGAGAGAGCACGUCACGAACUGUGGCCGGCUUGACAACUGGACUGAAGGUCUCGUCGAAGUCCACGCCUGGGCGCUGGAUGAAGCCGCGGGGGACCCAGCACGCCUUGUACCGUUCCAGAGUUCCAUCUGCAUGGAACUUGUGCUUGAAGAUCCACUUGCCGGUGACGAUGUUGGCGAGAGGCGGGCGAGGAACAAGAUCCCAAGUCUUGUUCGCCAGCAGAGCGUCGUGCUCGGCUUCCAUAGCAGCCUGCCAAUUGGGAUCGGUGAGGGCGCUGCAGAAGGUCUUCGGGAUCGGCGAUAGUGGAGCGGCGUGGAAGAGUACCGGCUGGUGGAAGCCGGACUUCGCCCUGGUGGUCAUGCCGUGCUGGUUCACCACGGGGGCUGCUGUAGGGGGAUCCCUUGGGCAAGGGAGGAGGAGGACCAGCAGGGGGCUGCUGCUGCCGGACGUAGACGUGCUGGAAGGUGGUGAGCGGUCGGUGAAGAGAAGCCGGGCCAGCAGGCUGCUGGCCUGGCGACGGAGCGGCCGCCUGGGGCUGACUGGACGGUGAAGUGGCGUGCUGAGGCCGAGCAGAGGCCGGCGAUGGGGAAGGCCGGCUGUCCACCGGUAGGGGUGGGAAGCCAGGGGGCGGUCCAGCCCGUCGAGGGAGAGCCGAGGCGCCUGCCGGGGACGUCGUCGGGUCGCCGUGAGCCGCGCGUGGCAACACGGGGAUGCCAGAGGCCGCGUGUGGCAACGCGGGCGUCGUCGAGGCACCGGAGGCCACGUGUGGCAACGCGGCUGCGCCAGGGGCUGUGUGUGGCAACACGGCGGCGCCGGGGGGAGAUCCUGUAGAGGAAACAAGAGGUGACGGUCCAAUGGGGGCCGACACGUUAAUAGUAACAUCAUCCAGGAACUCGAAGUCGGCCUCACGGGGAGGACGAGACGGCUCAGCAAAGGGAAACGAGCCCUCGUCAAAGGAAACAUGACGAGAGAUGAUGUCUCGAUUGGUGGAACGGUCAAGACAGCGGUAUCCCUUGUGGUGAGUGGAGUAGCCGAGAAAAACACAGAGUGUAGAACGCGGCGCAAGCUUGUGAGUGGCUGUGGCAGCGAGGUUGGGUAGCAAGCACAACCAAAGACCCGAAGGUGAUCGUACGUAGGCGGCACCCUAUGAAGGGCGGAGUGCGGUGUAGCGAACCCGAGGGUUUUGGUUGGGAGGAUGUUGCGCAGGUAGGUGGCCACGCCGAGAGCAUCAACCCAGUAAGACGGUGGCAUGCUAGCCUGGAUGAGAAGUGAGCGAAUAAUGUCGUUAGUGGAACGAAUGACACGCUUAGCUUUACCGUUCUGGGAGGAGGUGUAGGGGCACGACAUCCGGAGAUGAGUACCAUGAGUCAGGAAGAACGUGUGGGCGCUGGAGUUAUCAAACUCGCGGCCAUUGUCGCACUGAACUGCCUUGAUGGUGGCGCCAUACUGAGUCGUCACAUGAACAAAGAAGUUAGCCAAAGUAGAGAACGUGUCAGACUUUAGGCGCAAAGGAAAAGUCCACAAGUGGUGCGAGCAAUCAUCGAGAAUGACCAAAUAAUACUUGUAGCCCGAGACACUAACAACUGGUCACAAUGAAUAAGGUCGAAAUUAUUGGACGCACGCGAAGUGGAAGAAGUAAACGGUAACCGAACAUGGCGACCGAGCUGACACGCAUGACAUAAAGAUGUGCUAAGUUCUUUAUUACAUGAAGGUAUGACAGAGGCUAGCUUGGUCAUGACUUCAUGACCGGGGUGACCAAGGCGGCGGUGCUAGGGCGGAGAGGAGCCAGCGGCGAGGGCGGCGGCAGGGGGCAAGCGCAGGGGAUAUAGCAGACCAGCACUAUUGCACCUGACGAAAACUCUCCGAGACGCCAGAUCCUUCACAGAACAGCCAGCGGGAUCAAAUUCAACAGAACAAUUGUUGUCAGAAGUAAACUGGCACACAAAAAUCAGGUUCUGAAUAAGACUAGGUGAAACUAGAACAUUAUUAAGAGAAAAAGGACCUGGAAGAGUGGCUGUGCCAGUAGAGGUAACCGGAAGUAAAGAACCGUUACCGACAACAAUGGAUGAGGGAUACUGCGAGACAAAAUUAUGAGUGAGACUGAAAGAAUCGGAGGUCAUGUGGGAGGUAGCACCUGAGUCGAAGAACCAGUCAGUGGUAGGAGGCUGGUUCAGGGAGACAGUGCUGAAGGUGGAGGCGAGCGACUGCUGAUCCCAUCCAGCUGGUGAGAUGGCCGGGGCCUGGACGCCGGGCGCCCAAGGGAAGUACACCAUCUGACCUUGCGCCUGCGCCUGAGCGGCCUGGAGGGCGUGGGCCUGCGCCUGCUGGGCCAGCAAGGCUUGUGCCUGGGCCUGCUGGACCAGCAGCGCUUGCUGCUGCUAUGGCGGAGUCGGGGCGACGGGGAGCGGCGUCGAGGGCUGCGGGCUGGGCCACAUCUGAAUGGCCCCGGCCCACAGGUGGAGGAAGGACGGCCAGGUGGCGCCACCAGCACCGCCUGUGCUAGGCGCGGAGGCCGGCUUGCCGCCCCUGGACGGCUCGCUGCCGGAGGACGACGACUGCUCGCCGGAGCGAGGCUUGCCGCCCCGUCGGCGGCGGUCCUUGGAGCGUCCUCCGGAGUUGGCGCCCUCGGUGCGGGAGGCCUGGAGGGGGGCGAGUUCCUGACGAGGACGACGGCGGCGGUGGCGCCCCAUAGCGGCGAGAAGGGCCGUGGGGGGAGUUGGCGCUUGAUGCCCCAUGGUGAGCUCCUCCAGGAUGAGCUCGUUGACGGCGUCCUUGAACUUGGGGAAGCGGUGGCCGCGGCGAAUGUGGCGGCCGGCGUCGCGGAAGCGCUCGUUGAGCCCUCGGAGAAGGUUGAGGGUCGGCGUGCGAUCCGAGACAGGUUCCCCAAGAUCCGCAAGCUGCUGCGCCAUGUUCUUGAGGCGCCUGCAAAAGUCCGUGAUGGAAAGAUCACCUUGGACGAGGUUGUGGAACUGGACGUCGAGGUGGAGGGCGCGGGUCUCCCGAUUGCCGAGAAACUGGUCCUCUAGGGCACACCAGACGGUACGGGCGGUGGCGACGCGAUCGAUCACCACACCUCGGCGAGGUUGGUGGAGAUCGUGCCGGCGAUCCAGGACUUGACAACGCAGUCCAUGCGUGUCCAGUCUGGGAAGUCGGGCGCGGGAAGGUCGACGAGGACGUGACUCUCCAGCGAGUACUUGCCGAUGACGAGGAGGAUCUGAUCACGCCACCGGGUGUAAUUCUCGGCGUUGAUGUCGAGGACGUGGACGAGGCUCCGGAUGUUCUGCACGCUGAUGGCCUGGGCGUGCAGGUUGACGAGGGCGGCAGCUUUGUGGGCCAGGACGGCGUGAUGAAGUGCGGUCCCGCCGGAGUCGACGGAGGCGGCGUCCUCCUUCUCCGCGUCGUGAUCGGCGUCGGGGGCGCCCUUGGCGGCGAGGGCCUGUUCCCUGGCCGCACGGGCGAGGGCGUCGCGGGCGCGCUGGGCAGCAGCAUCACGCUCCUGCGCAGCGGCGGCGGCCUCCUGCUCCGCGGCCUCGGCCCUGGCUAGGGCGGUCUCGCGCUCCGCCUGGGCGGUGGCAGCGGCGGCGGCGGGGUCGACGGUGCGCGGGGAGGAAGGGCAGGUCACAACCAUGGUGGAUGCAGUGGCAGAUCGCCGGCACACAGGGUUGGGGCGCAGCCGGAUCGGCGCGCUAUGGCAGCGGAAGGAGCAGGGAAGAAACCCUAACUCGUGAUGCCAUGUAAGCAAUGUAUAUUGCGGGGAAUGAAUGGAUUGAUUGAUUGAUAGAGGUGCACAGGGGUGUACAUAUAUAGACGGGGUACCCUAGAUUGUUUAUAGAAACACCACCAUCAGGGGGAUCUCGUCGCUAUCUACCAAAUCAGAGGGGGCGGCGCCCCCAGCUAGAAAGGUUGGGCGCCGGUCACCCAAGGCCCAACGGGCCAGCUACUCAUAACCCUAAUUGCCUUGCUAACAGUGCGGAUACUGUACCAGGCUACCAGCACCUUGGAGGAUAACUGUCUUAAAUCAAAGUGAACCCACACUAGCAUGGAUUUUUUUUCUCCUGUUGCACCAAGAGUAGCGCCUCAGAUUAGGCCUUCUAAUGCCUUCUUAUGUGGAUUCGCACUGUUAAUAAUCUGUUUUUCGCCAAUUCUUCUGUGUCAAUUCUUUCAAGUUUCAAUGAUGUUAAUAUUAGCACUGUGAUUUGAGUAGUAUAAUCAUAGCCUUUGAAUAAUUUUUAUGUACUAAAUUUGAAAGGUUUGAUAUGCUGCAUUGCCAUUAGUUUGUUUCAUUCUCUCUAUUCUUAAGAUGGCCAAUGUUGCUGAUAUCUCGCUGUCUUCACUGUCAUCCAAUAGGAAGCGUUUAUUUGGUAUGAUUAACGAAUUGCAAACUGUUUUUGAAGUUGUCUCCGGUGCGAGACAACAACAAUCUAAGGAGAGGUCUAUUAUGGACAAUGGUGGGAGGGCCAAACCCUCAGUAAAG